AUGACCGACCAGACGUCUACACCAAAGCUGGAGACACACACCCCCAUAGAGGAGCAUGCAGCUGAUAUCUACACCAGGAAGGUUUUCUUGGAUGUCCAAAUUGAGAUCACUGAGGCAUGUAACCGCUGUCGUAUCAAGUCAAUGGAUAUUGUAGAUGAAGAGAAUAAGUACGUCGUGGACGAUCGAUCCAGUGGCAUAUUCGCUGUUGUCCAUAACAUGGUGGCUGACACCAUAACCUGUUAUUGCAAACACUUUGUGAAGAUGGGUUUGGUGUGCAGGCACAUGUUUGUCGUCAUGCGUAACUUAGGUCUCAAAGCUAUUCCAGAAAAGUAUAUUGUUGAUAGAUGGCGGAAGGAUGCGGGUAAUAGUGUUCUAGCUAGAGAUGCCGCACAACCCCACAACAAGCCUUUAAUCUCAGAGGCUUUUAGAUGUAUUGCAAUUGCUGAAGGAAAUGAUUCUUUAACAGAGUCUCUCAUGGCUGAACUAAAAAGAUGGGCUGACAGUAACGAUACUCAUUCUACACCAUCUGCACCGGCUAAGGAACGAAUGUUUCAGAUGUUCUACGGGUCCAAACUUCCGUCUGAAAUUACCAUCCAUCCGCCUGACCCUGUUAAAACAAAGGGUAGUGGGAAGCGGUUGAAGUCUACAUAUGAGAAAGAACUUAUCAAGGCAAAGAAACCGAAGAGACGAUGCAAGAAAUGUGGGCGUUUGGUUCGGCACGAUUCGCGCAACUGCGGGAAGGUUGCCGAAGAGGAUAGCAGCGAUGAUGAUUAA